CUCUUGCAAGGACCCCUAAACAACAAUCACAACAACAACGCUGCCAAACAUCACACUUUCUUCUCUCUAGAGUUUUCAAAUUAAAUCGUACGACCGUACGCUCCUCUGUAUUUAACUUAGUCUGGCAGACAAGCUCUGCUAUCGCGUCUGUCAGGCUUACACAGAAGCUCCGCGCGUCUCUCCCGCGGUGAAAGCGCUAGAUACGCUUCCCUGGACGCUGGACGCCUCAGUCUCUCCAGUGUGGUCCUUUCGUCUCAUCUACGGUCCGCUGGUGGUCUCAUCGAAGAUUUUCAAGUCGAGUGCAUCUCGGCUUGGAACAGUUUGCGUGACAGAGACCCGCCUGUCAUCGACAAAGACGACGUGUAGUCGUCUCUCUCUACUGGUGCCACCCGUUCCUGAGGCUUCGUGACAAGUCUCGAGGACGGUCCGGCCUCCUGCUUCUGACUUUGCCUCUCGGAGGCUUGUUCCGUGCAGAGCCAUUUGAAUGCCCCCGGCAGCUUCUGACGAACCUUCCUACCAGAACAGCCAGUCCUUUGCCGACCAGAGUCCCCUUUCCCAGGACCCGAACCGGCCGAAUCCAGAGCAUGAGUCAACCGGGAAAAGCAAGAAGAAAGGGAAGAAAGAAUCAAAGGGAAAGGAUAAAGCGGCCAAGCAGGCUGUCAGACCACAGCAUGAAGAUCUACUCGAGCCCGAGCCCCCUUUGAAACCGGAGCCGUCUUCAUGCCCGAAUCCUUCUUUCAAUAUCCCCAUGGAUAACGCGCUUGGUUCGCCCGUGUUGGGUGCGCUUGGGUCGUUGGGAGUGACACAAGAGAGCGAUACCGCCUAUCGUACGGAUACCUGGACCAAGUCCAUACCUUUUGGGAAGAGCCCUCCGUGUGAUCCCAUCGAUAGCGACUUUGCCAACGGGUCACCGUUUAGUCUGCCUAGUCAUGUGGAGCGAGCUGGUGGCUUCAGCCAUCCAUCGUCGGCUUCAUCACCGCCGGCCCGGAGAGCGAGGCCCUUGAGCUACGGGAAUGGCUACUUGAGCUCUGGCCUGUCAAGGCAGCAGUCUACGGACCGUCAGAAGAGCCGUUCGCUCAACAGCCCAUACCAGAACCCGAUUCCUCUGCCUCAUAUGCCGCAGGCGCAUUUUCACGGGGCUCCUGAGAUCGACCUUCCCCUUAUCUCUGCCCCGAAUCGGACGGCCGCAGAGGAAGCCUACUCGUUUUGCGCUUUCGACAGGAUCUCAAGUUCUUCUUUCAAGACCUCAAGAAUGGGCGGAAGCGUUCUUCUCACCGGCACUGACGGUGGCUUGGAAGUGCUCGCCAUUGAAGACCGCAAGACCCGGCCUAUCGGACAGCUCUCUGGUCUUAACGGUCGUGUCGUCGAGGCCAAAAUUUUAGACUGGGGCGUUCUUGACGGCCCUCUUUCAUCGUCUACGCCUCAUGUCGCUGUUGUCAUCCAUGGACCUUGUGCUCGGAAUGAAGUCGGAGGGGGAGCCCCCUCAUCUGCUGGCUCAGAAAAUAAUGAGGCUCCUUCCAUAAGAGGCGCACCCCUAGACAAGGUAUCGGAUGACGCGGUUUAUUACCAAACAAGAGCCGAGAUAUACUCAUUACGGACUGGAGGACACAUCACAACUCUCUUCACCAGCAAGCCCGUUCCUUGCUAUGAGAACAUCCCCGGAAUGCCUGUGUUUGCGCCACCUCCAGUAGGGAAUCUGAAGUUCUAUGCCAGCAGCAACCAUCUGGUCUUGGCAUCAGGUGUCAGUGGUGAGGUAUACAUAUAUGGCAUUUCCCCUUCUUCCGCUUCCAACGUGUAUCGUUGUCUCGGGAAGACUUGGACCAGUAUACAGUCUCGAGAAUCUCGCCGGUAUUCCACCUCAUCCAGCUCUACGGAUCCCGAUGGCUCCCAGAAUGAUUCGCCCAACAGCGCUCGCGGGUCAGAGAAUCCAAUUCUAUCUCUGAGGGGAAGAUGGCUUGCCACUGUGCCUCCGUCUGCAACGUAUCGAGCCUCACUUCAUGGCAGCGUGCCAGCAUCCCUGGUCCAUGGAAAGAUUUAUGGGCUGGAGACGCGUAGCCCACCAUCCCGGCCAGCGGUGACUUGCACAACCGACCUUGGAGAAGGGGAAAGUUUCUUCAACAAGAUGGCUCGUGGCGUGACCCAGGAGCUUGUGCGGGGGGCUCGCUGGAUGGGGGACCAGGGACUUCAAGCCUGGAAUAACUACUGGAAUAAAGACCAGCCGCAAAGCCAGAGCACGGCCUUCCGACGCCCCUCGUACGCACCUGAUAUGUCACAGCAAGGUUACAGCCCUUUUCCCCCAACUCACGCGCAGGACACCCAAGCUGCCUCGCCUGUUGAGCCCGAUCUUGUGUCCAUCAUUGACCUGAGGAAACUGGAAGAUGGAGCCGAGGCAAAGAACGCAUUCAUCAAUCCUGUUGUUUCCUUUCAAGCCCCCAAUGGGUGCAGUUUUUUGUCUUUCUCUCCAAGCGGUCUUAUGCUCCUUACAGCGAGCAGAAAGGGCGAUGUUCAAUAUGUCUGGGAUCUCAUGCAAUCGAAGCACUGCCGAACGGGAGCUUUCAUUACUGCAGAUGAAUCCUCGGCACCCGGUCCGAAUGUACGCCAGGUCGCUCGCUAUGCACGUCUGACAACGUCCACCAUCGUGGAUGUUAUCUGGACUGCUCCUCUUGGUGACCGACUCGCGAUCAUCACCCGGAAGGGAACUGUGCAUGUCUUUGACAUGCCGAGAAGUGCUUUCCAGUGGCCUCCAUUUCGUCGAUCGAGACCUAUAGUUCGCAAGCCACACACUAUCGAUACGCCUACGGAUGAGGUGUCGGAGCGGACGAACUCACCCAACCCACUUUCGGCGGCAAUCAAGCUGAUGGGUGGCACGACUCAGCCCAUCAUUGCUGCUGUCCGAGGCCGAGCUCCAUCGACAGGCAGUGCCUUCCCUAGUGUGGGUGGGUUUGGGAUCACGUCUGCAGCUGGAGUCCGCGGCGGCAAAGCCGUGGCUGCGGGUCUAAGCAAAUCAGUGGGCGCAGCCGCUGGGACGAUGAACACACUCCGGCACGUCGGUGAGAACCGACUUCACCUGUCUGGGCUGUCGCGAGACCCAGCUGUGUCGCGGGUAACUUGGUUUAGCAGCAAAGGCCAGGUAUUUCUUGGCCUGGUGGACCAAGGGUUCUUCAGGAUGUACUCGGUUGUGUACACGGUUUCCAACCAGAGAUCCCGAUUGUAUCACUCUGUCAUUGGUACCAAGGGCGCAGAAAUCAAGCUGCCGGCUUAUAUGCAGAGCAGCUGUGGACCCAUGCAUAUCUCUACCUUCAAUCCACACACGACUGUGAGUGCAUCUUUGGCCUUGCCGUCAUCAAUCCAGCAUCCGUCUGCUGCAGCCAAGACAAGGUGUCAGCCGCUUUCUCAGGCGGAGAUUGAAACCAAUGCCCCUUUCCAGCCAUUUCAUACCGAUCAGAGGGUGAGCCUCCAUGUGCUCUCAUCCAGUAGCGAAUCCCAUCGCUCAGUCGACCACGAUCCUCCCUCCGAGCAGUGGGUCUUUGGUGGGGAGAUCGCCAUGUCUAAGAUCCACGUUCGCCCGUUCAGUCCUACCGAUGAUGAAGGAGAUCACCACAGCCCGGAUGCCGGGUUCGGGGAGAUGGAGAAUCUCAUCAGUCUUGGAAAUAGCACCAGCAACGUUGAGGAGGUUGUCAUUACGACACGGCGGAAGAAGCGAAGCUCCGCCCGGUUUUCUCCCUCGGCUCAAGCUGACAUCGACGACGGUUUCUUCGAGAAUGACUGCGAGGUCCUCGAUUUUGCUCGCGAUCGCGUCUAGUUUUGAAUUCUUAUUUUUUUUUUUCCCCUCCCUUUUAGAAGUUUGCUCAAUUGGGCGUUGGGAUGGCGCACUUUCCAGUUGGAUUCUUGACCCUCUCUCUCGACUUUGCAAUAUACCAUUCAUUCAUUCACAUGCAUAGGCAUUAUUAUUGACAUGCCAUUGUUGACAUAGAUUGCUGUUAUACUUCUUGUCUAUCGAUGAUACUGGUGCUCCCGCAGAGGUUUUUUUUUUUUUUUUUUUUUUUUUUUUUUUUC